GCUCCAGAAGUCGCUCCAGAACGGCCGUCGGGGCGGGGGGUGUGCACCGUCCGCCAUGGCGCUGUCGGAGCAGAAAGCGAAGAUCGCGGCAGCCUUCAAUGGCAGCAUGGUGGGGAUGGAGGAUGCGGUCACGCCCAUCAUGUUGGCCUUGGUGCUACGGCAGAUCAUGCCCAGCCUCGCGAUUGCGCAGGUUGACGAGAUGGUCACAGCGCACAUGCUCGAGAAGGGCCGGGACAAUGAGACCACCUUCUCAGAGUUCUUGGAGUGGCUCUUCUCUGAAGACCACAUGAAACUCGUGAAACCCUUAGCAGAGGCGAAGGCUGCUAAGGAAGCCAAAGCGCAGGCACCACCACCGCCACCAGCAGAUGCAGAGCAGAUGCCUGAGGAGGCGGCCAAAUCCUGGAAGAUCUUCCAGGACUUGUUGAAGACGCGACCGUACCUGGCAGAUCCCUCCACAGGGCAUCCUCUCUGCUCCUUUGUCACGCUUUGCAGUCAAUCCUUUGCGGAGAAGAAGUAUGAGGAGACAGCCAUCUUAGUAGAGCGGAUCAACAACACCAUCAUCGAAGAUGAGAAGAGGAUUGCCGCAGCCUUCAAGCACUUCGAUAAGGAUUCCUCCGGCGUUUUGGAACGACAGGAGUUCAAGUUCCUCUGCGCCUACUUGGGCUGGAGUGCAGAGGAAUCCAACAGCAUCGACGUCAACAAAGAUGGCACCGUGAGCCUGGCAGAGUUGCAGAACUUUGUCGGCUUCCUGGGCGGAGUCCAGAAGUUCUUUGAGCAGCGCCGGAAGCGCGUCACUGAGAGCCGCAAGGACGUCAAGGAGGUUUGCCCUGUGGUGGGGGUGGAGGUGGGCGCCCGGGUGCGGAGCCACUUCUACUACAAGAACGGGCAGAAGUCCAGCAGUUGGAGAGAAGCCCAGGUUCUCUCCGUGAACUGCCACACGGAUUCAGGCCGUGGAAUCUUGUUGGAGUUCGGCUUUGAGGAUCUGAAGGGAAACAGUGACUGGGUGGCUCGCCAGGUGGUGCCGAUCAGUUGGAUCCUGAGUUCCCAUGAAGAGACCAGCCUCGCAGCUGCUUUGCGAGAGGUGGGCAUCUUGGAUGACUCGCAAGCGCUCUACAAGAUGCUCCUCCCCAUGUCUGAGCUCCAAUCCAUUCAGGGCUUAGUGAGUUGUCAGCGUGCGGCGCUGGCACUUGUGCGACAGCAAGCGACUCUAAGUCACGAGAAUGCCCUCGAAGACCUGAAGGGUCGAUUUGAAGGCAUGGGCUAUGGUGACUACGAGUUGCAGGCGGUCUUCAGCUGGGUCAAGGAUCUGGCCCCGCUGGUGAUCCACGUCCAUUUGGACAAUAUGGGCCAAUUCUUGGAGACGGACGAGUACUACCGGAACCAGUUCGAGACGAAAACCAGCUGCGGCGCCAUUGACGAUGGCAACGAGACCAGGAAGGGCUGGGAGCAAGCGCUCUUUGGAGAUUCCUAUGAAUCGGCCAAGCCCUUCGACCGCUGCAAGUAUGGAGCCCUCAACGUGACCAACGACUACCGAGGCGUCACCUCGGCGAUGCAGUACGGGGACUCCUACCUGGUCUUAAAGGACGUCAGGUUGAGAGCGACCUUUUGCGCCACCGACUCAGGCGGUAUCCAGGGAUCCCGCCUGGGCGUGUGUGAUCGCUACGCGCACGUGCUCGCGGAGUACAACGACUCGGAGUUGCAGGAGAUUACCCGCGUGGCCAUGGCUGCUUUGCCUCACAUCGAGAACGGUGCACCCUCCGGGAACGUGCCCAAGAGUGCGUGGCCACAAGUCCUGAGGGCUUAUUCUGAGGACUGCUCGCAGGAAUGGAUAACUGUGGGGUAUCCCAAGCUGGCCAAGCGUGACACCGGGCGCUUCGUGUACGAGGUGGAGUUCUAUGAGCAUGUGGAGACACCCCAAGUGGGUCUCCUGUCCGAGCUCUACGAGAAACGCUUGGGGGUGAUGUCACCCACAGGCGUGGGCGAUGAUGCGCACGGCUGGGCUUUGGAUCCACAACACGCAGAGAUCUGGAGCAACGGACAGAGCAAAGGAUGGGAGGGCUGUCGCAUGGCGAGCUGCGAUGGCGGAAAGCAGUUUGUGGGAGUGGCGGUGGAUUUGGCGGCCAAAAAGCUUUGGUUUGGCGUGAAUGGCCUGUGGAGUGAAAAACCCUCCUUCAGCAACCUACCAGAUGGCAUUGCUUUGUAUCCGGCCCUGUCUUUCAAAGGCCGUGCAUCCUUCGUCUUCCAAGAGCUCAAGCAUCCACCGCCCGCGAGCCUUGGGGAGUUCAGCGCCUGGCCACAGACGUUCCAGGGCAAGUUUCGCAUCGACUGCCCAAAGGUUGGCAGUUCCGAUGUCUUGGACGUCUACAAGGAGUUUCAGGUGCACGGAGAGGUUUGCUUAAAGAAACACGUUUGCCGGCUGGUGGCGAAUAACAAGUAUCGGGAGACGCCCAAAUUCGAGCGCUCCAGGAACGUGGAGCUCAGUAAGGGCGGCCCCUUUAACGGCACCUACGAAAAGGUGGGCAUCUACAACAAUGCACCUUUGUAUCAUUGUGACGAGGCCGGCUGGAUCUUCUACGACCGACCCAGUAGUCGCUGGCGCUUGAACAAAGACACAGGCGAGCAUGCCUCGGCGCACGAGGGGGAUCUGGUCACGGCCCAGCGGAACAACGGAGCACGACAGGCGGGGGUCAUCACCAAAGUCUUGGGCGGCGACCGCUACGAAAUCACCUGGACCGAUGGCGAGGACCUCGAUCGGAUCAAGUCCAAGGACGAUCUGUCGGUGAUUGACUGCGCGAAGAACUUCAAGGACGAUGGGACCUUUGCCCUCGAGGCGCCAGCGGAUCCCUUCCUUCAGGACACCGCACCACCGGUGCAAGGGUGGAUGGCGAGCCCGGAGAGUUCGGGCUAUGUCGAGUUGGAGGCCUUCAAGAAGGGCAUGAAAGACUUGGGCGUGGACGUGGAAGGAGCUGCGCUGAAGCAGUGGACGGAUCAGCUGCUGCAGAAGACCGGCCGUGGUCAGGAGGUCAUGAUGCGGAGGCCUUCGGUGGAUGUGUCCUUCGACAAGAUACUGCAGACGGUCGGUUGCAGCGAGGACGCGCCCACGGCGUGGCGGAAGAUUGGAGAGGCAGCACAGCAGCUGUACCUCUCGUCGAAAGGCUUCGGCGAGGGCUGCCAUCUCAUUCAAACUCCUCAUCCGUAUAAAGCGGAACGGCACUCCUGGACGAAGGAUAUCGCCUUCCCAGACGCCAAGGGCUGCAAGUUUAUUUUCAGCAAGAGGUGCAAGACCUUCGACAGUUGUGCCAAGUUGAUGAUCAAGACAGGCGGCAUCCCCAAGUCCAGCAUCGGGCCGGGCAUGCGGAUCGAGGUCGAGGGCAAGAACGGUGAGCGACGCUUUGGCAGCGUGGUUGAGGUGGACUCCAAGAAAGGCGGAAAGUUAGUGAAGUUGGACAUGGAGAUCCAAAGCGAUUACCACGCAGGAGACCAGGUCGAAGUGGACGGCAAACCUGGAACGGUCUUGAAAAUCAAACGUGGCCCUCAGUAUGUGAUCCAAGCGGAAGAUGGCAGCGAGGCCACCUACCUGCCGGAGAAGGUGAAGCUGGUGAGUCGGAGGAUUCCCACCUGUCCCAAUUGCGGCACGGCCAUGCUGUGGGGUGAAAAUGUGGAAGGCGGCUACGGAUGGAGCAACUGGAGCUGCGACGAGUGCGACCGCACCGCCGACGACGGGCAAAAGACGCGCUGGAACUGCAAGGACUGCUGUACCGACUACUGCAAGAACUGCUACCCACAUUAUGAUGAAGCAGAUGAGGCAGACAAGGAUCCCAAAGCCCCACGGCCUGCGGAGGAAUUUGCCUUCUGCGUGGAUGAGUUUCAGAAGACCAGGGUGCAGUACAGCAAUGACAAACCUCCUGGUGAUGAGAUCGAAGGAUUUGUGCUGGACUUGUCGCAUGCCAUGUCACCCGUGGCCAUCAAGAGCUUCAAGACCACGGCAUAUCCGGCCCAGGAGGAGGGUGUCAAAGACUGGUGGCACGUGGACGUCGUCCAGACCCUGAUGGAAUGGAACCAAGGCCUGUUCGAAGCCCUGGGAGGCGAGGCAACCGGGGCAUGGACAACAGGACCCUCGGAAGCUGAAGAGGUCUUGAAGGAUUUGGAGGGCGCUGUGAAGACGCUCAACGCCGCACUGGCGAAGAAAGACUGGGAUGACGAGGAUCCAUGGUUUUACUUCACCAACGGCUUCUCGCACAGGCUGGUGCCCGAAGCUCACAUCACCUACACAGGCCGGGUAGGCGAUGAGAUCAAAGCCUUCGAGGCGCGAGGUGACUGGAACAAUCCCAAGAUCGAAGACAUGGAGCUUGGUUUGGCACACGCGGCUGGUGUGCGCCGCGGAUGGGUGCUCUCGGUGGAGGAUACCUUGAGCGAGGAGAACAGCGGCAUCAUCCCCGAGAUGACCCAGGAAGAGAUGAGGUUAAACCCGGAGAAGCUCCUGGAGAUGAGCGGCAUCACCUUGGUCUUCGAGUGUGAAGACGCAGAUCCGACUUGCCAAGCGGAGAUGUACGGGGAAAGCUUCUGGAACUUCGACUGUGAGAGCAACAAUGCUACUGUCGAGUUUGAGACGGAUGGCGACGGGUCCAGCGCGCCGGAGCGGCGCUGGGGCAUUUUAGCCUUGGCGGUGCCGAGCAACUUCCAACCGAAGAUCGAAGGGCCAGAGCAGUGGAAGUUUGCAAGUCCUGAUGGCUACUACGGAGAGCUGCAACCCUUGUCGAUCCUGAAGGAGGCAGAUUUCAAGGCCCUCGUGGCCAGCCCCGAGAAGCUUGGGGAUAUUCCCAUCAGCGAUGAGAUUCCUAUCAGCGAUGAUCCCGUGCUGACGAUCUCUGAGAAGAUGGAGAUCGAGGGCUGGACUUACCUGAAGUUGGAGGACGGCCGUGGUUGGGUGCCAACCUUCCAGGUGUGUGAUGGUGAGAAACUGAAAGUCAUGGAGCCGCUCGAAGCGUGGGAUGCCGUCAUGGCCGGGGCAUCGGAGGUGGUGCUGAACGCGGAAGGUGUGGCAGACUCCAGUCCCCUCGUGAGCCGCGAGGGUUGGGACGAAGAGCGUUUGAGGGCGCUCUGCAUGAGACACGGCUGGGAGUUUGAGUGGAUGAGCGAGGACGGCGAACGCCGUCGGCGCGGCACGGAGCAGCAGGCGUUGGUGCCCUUGCCGACCUUCACCACCAAGCCAGAUUCAUGCUGUCCAGAUGGCUUCGAAGCGAAAGACAAGAAGACCUGAGGCGUUGAUGGUCCGGACAAAACCUUAAGGUGGUGUCCGGAAGGCCUGAUUUAGUGGUUCUCUCCUUUUUGAAGCUCUGUGUCGCACGCAGGUGGGGUUCAAAGCCGAUGAAGGAUGGUGACGGGG